AUGUGGCGCGUCACGUCCGCGUCGAUCCGUAGAUCCGUCCGGCAUUUGCCUCAGGCGACCGCGUCGCCGGCAGCUCUCUUCCCUUACGCGCACUCAUCGGCUGCCGCCACCCCCGCGACGAGAUCCGAUCUUUGCGACUCGUCCCCAUGCCCGCUGCAGCCGUCACCGCACAAGUUUGACGAUAAACGAACACAUGCGCUUGAUUCGCCCCAGAUACUCUCUAUCGCGGGCGCUUCGAGAUGGUUCAGGAUAGCAGGCGGAAAUGCAGGUUCAGGAAUGGGGACGGGCGGAGUGCGGUGGCGGAGCGCAAUCAGUGGCGCGGGUGGCGGCGGAGAUGACGGCAGCGAAAACGACGGUCAGGGCGGCGAGUUGCCGCCGGCAGCCGUGGCGGUGGAGGGAGAAGCGUCGGGCGGUGACGUGGCUGAAGCGGUUGACCUUUCGCCGCCCGCGGCCAUUGCACCAUACCUGGCGGCGGUGCAGGGCGGGGGGGAGGGGCGGCAGCGGAGGCGGCGGCAGUACGGGACGUACGGGGACGACAUAGAGGAGGAGGCGGAGGGCUUCGAGGAGCCCGCGGACGAGGCGGAGUACCGCCACCUGUACGACGCACGCGGGGUGGUCGACAAGUGGCUGGGCGACCCCGCGCUCUGGGGCAUGCUGUCAGCGGAUGCGUUAGGAGGCGAUGGGGAGGAGGAGGAGGAUGAAGGGGAGGGUCCCGAGCUGAGAUGGGAGACACGGAUGGUGCUGGGGCCGGGAGGGGACGCGUGGCACCCGGCAAACCGCAAGGUGAAGGUGAGCGUGUUCGUGCGCGAGCUGCAGCUGUCCCGCCUCGCCAAGGAGCGCCUGCUGGCGCUGGUGGGGCGGCGCUACAACACGCACCGCGAUGAGCUCACCAUCGUCAGCGAGAGGUACAGCCACCGGGAGGAGAACCGCAAAGACGUGUUUCGCAUUCUGCAUGCGCUCAUCGCCGAGGCAAAGCAGGCCGACCAGCUCGCAGCUCAGGCGGCGGCUGAAGCUGCCCCCGUCACAUGCUCACAAGCUGCCUCCUUGGCAUAG